CACACACUUUUAUAUCGUAUUCACAUAUGUUUAUACCACAAACACAUACUUUUAUAUCGUAUUCAUACACGUUUAUACCACAAACACAUACUUUUAUAUCGUAUUCAUACAUCUUUAUACCACAAACACAUACUUGUAUAUCGUAUUCAUACACAUUUAUACCACAAACACAUACUUGUAUAUCGUAUUCAUACAUUUUUAUACCACAAACACAUACUUGUAUAUCGUAUUCAUACAUUUUUAUACCACAAACACAUACUUGUAUAUCGUAUUCAUACAUUUUUAUACCACAAACACAUACUUGUUAUAUCGUAUUCAUACAUUUUUAUACCACAAACACAUACUUGUAUAUCGUAUUCAUAA